AGUGGCACGGGCUGCAGCUGCCUCGGAGUCGCGCGCGGGGCGUGGAGCGGUGCUGAGGAGUUGCGGCUGCGGCCAGCUUGACGCCCGGACUGUCCAGCGAGCGCAGCGCGGCGGGAGCCGGCAGCCAGAGCAGCCCCGGAGCUGAAGCAGCACUCGCGCCGCUGUCCGUGGAGCCCAGCCGAGCCGGCCAUGGCGUUGUCGAUGCCGCUGAACGGGCUGAAGGAGGAGGACAAAGAGCCCCUCAUCGAGCUCUUCGUCAAGGCCGGCAGUGAUGGUGAAAGCAUAGGAAACUGCCCCUUUUCCCAGAGGCUCUUCAUGAUUCUUUGGCUCAAAGGAGUUGUGUUUAGUGUCACAACUGUUGACCUGAAAAGGAAGCCUGCAGACCUGCAGAAUUUGGCUCCUGGGACCCACCCACCAUUUAUAACUUUCAACAAUGAAGUCAAAACUGAUGUCAAUAAGAUUGAGGAAUUUCUUGAAGAAGUCUUAUGCCCUCCCAAGUACUUAAAGCUUUCACCAAAACACCCAGAGUCAAAUACUGCCGGAAUGGACAUCUUUGCCAAAUUCUCUGCUUACAUCAAGAACUCGAGGCCAGAGGCUAAUGAAGCCCUGGAGAGGGGUCUUUUGAAAACACUGCAGAAACUGGAUGAAUAUUUGAAUUCUCCCUUACCUGAUGAAAUUGAUGAGAACAGUAUGGAGGACAUUAAAUUUUCUACACGUAAAUUUCUGGAUGGGAAUGAAAUGACAUUAGCUGAUUGCAACCUGCUGCCCAAACUGCACAUUGUCAAGGUGGUGGCCAAGAAAUAUCGCAACUUCGAUAUUCCAAAAGGAAUGACUGGCAUCUGGAGAUACUUAACUAAUGCUUAUAGUAGGGAUGAGUUCACUAAUACCUGUCCCAGUGAUAAGGAGGUUGAAAUAGCAUACAGUGAUGUCGCCAAAAGACUUACCAAGUAAAAUAGCACUUGCAAGAAAGAUGUCUUCAAAUCUUCCCCUAAGAAUAUGCUUUUCCUAACAGACUACUCCUCUUCCUAUGAAGUAGAAAUGUAUUUUGCAUGAACCUGCAGUUAUUCAAGAUUAGGACCAAGGAUAGACAAGGUAUAGUGGUUAUCUUAAAAUAUACACUCCUAAGCAGUAUUAUUUUAAAAUCCUUUCAUCCUUCCCACCUCCCUGUCCGUAGCCUCCUCUCCUCCAGUUUGGAGACACUCCGUCACAAGCUCUUCAUACAUGAGGCAUUCUAGAGCCUUCUCCAUCAUGUCCAUGCACUCUGUAUAGAUAGUAGAACUUUUGAGGUGCAAUGUUCAACUCUUGAAAUAGAGUAGCUGUGACAUCAGUCAGCCCCAAACUGGUGCACAAUGCAUAGUUCAAGGAAUAUUUAUGUUUUUUUUUUUUUUUUUAAUUUUGUAGUAUUUUGUAAGAGCAUAUGAAAGGAUUGCUACUGUAGCAGAAAAACACUGUGUUUCAGUUUAGUCUAUCCUGGAUAUGAACUAAAGGAUAUCAUCACCAGAGAAGGGAGCCUUCUACAGAAUCACUAUAGAUUGUUAUUUUCUUUGUAGGUAGAUUUUUUAUUUUGCCUAAAAUCAUUUAUCCUUCAUAUGAAUAUAACAUCUGGCACUAUGUGGAAGCUAAAAGUUUAGAGGCAGGAAUGGUAUUCUCACGAUCUCAGGCAUUUGAUUCUUAUAGGAGAAACCCUUGGGCACCUGAUACUCUGUCUGAAUGUGUUGUUUGUUAUGUAUUUUGCCCAGUGCUAUUCAUUUGGAACAUUAUUGCCGUCUUGUUUUAAGAAGCUCCUUUUGGGCCGGGGAUUUAGCUCAGUGGUUCCACUGCCUGCCUUGCAAGCUAAGGACCCGAGUUCGAUCCCCGGUACCAAAAAAAAAAAAAAGAAGCUCCUUUUAAGGUAACAAUAGACCUUGCUGUUUGUAGAUCUUUUGAGCAACACUACAUAAAUUGGUAUUUAGUUGAUUUAGUUACAGCAGUAUGGUGAUUAGCAAUGUAAAAAUUAAUUCUUACAGAAAUUAACCUAAGGAAUGUACGAUGGGUUUGUCAAAGUAUCAGGUGAGUUUUAAAGCAUAGUUAAUGUAGAUAAUCUAAAGAAUGCAUUAUCCUUUCUAUAUUAAAAAUGAUAAAACAUUCUUUUUCCACCUCCAUUUACUGUUAGACUUUGCACAGAGGAUUGUUCACAGCGUUUGGACUAAAUGGUAGCUAUUUUGCCUCACCUCAAUCACUGCACCCCUGGAGUUAAAUUUUUCUGCAACUACACUGAGGAAUACUAUUCUGUUUUUAAAAAAAUUUGUUUUGCUUUUCAAUUAAGUUCCUAAACUAGAGAUUAUUUAUGCUGUAACAAUAGAGAAUGAACUUGGUAAAAGUAGAACAAAAGUUCUGUAUUAUUUUUCCCCUCUCCUGUCUCUUUCUCCUGCUUCAACAAAAUGGACUUUCUAAGUACUACUCCAAAGACUAUGGCUGUGACUGUAAUACAUUUUUGAUAAUUUUUAUACCUAAUUUGUCUAAGAAGUGCUAUUUCUCAUAGGCUUUUUAAAAAUAUAUUGCUUUCAGAUGGCACUGUUUUCUCCCUUUGGUAUGCUAACAUUUAGUAAGCACUGGCCUUAUGGAAGCAGCCUGACUUAUAAGCAUACUACAUUUUUAAACCUUUCAGUAAUUAGCUUAGUACAGAAAGAGAAGAAAAGCUCCAUAUUGUAUCCAUUUGGCUCUGGGAGAUUCCUCUGCCUUGCUUUUCUUAGUACUCUGUACUGCUGAUAAAAGUUUGAGCACCAUCCUUUUGUAAUUAAAUAUUGGAUGAGGAUUUAUCUGGUUCUAGAAAAUCCAUCAAGAAGUUGCAUUGCAGUAGCUUUAGUGGGUGAAAGCUGCAUCCAUCACAGGCAAGCAUCAGCAUCUUCAUCUGCUUUUGAAAUAGCAGCGUGUUGGCCUUUAGGUGAUAUUGAGCCUGACCUCCAAGCUUUAAGCUUGAGAAAGACUUGACAGAGUGUGAAUGGUGGACCAAGUGGUGCAGAGUGGAGGCUCUGCAGAAGGAGCUACUACAUUCCUCAAAGUAGAGUGAUGAAGAAUAUUUGGCAACUCAAUUGUGAAAUAUUUUCACUUUGUAUAUUUAUUUUCUUCUUUGUUUUUAUCUGUUCAGUGAUUACACUUGACUGUCUUGCUGAGUGUCCGAGGAAGGCAAGUCUAUGAUUUUAACAAAAGCAGAAUAACUUUUUCUCUUCAGAAAGAUGGAUUUUAUUUCUCUGUCAAGGAAGUUAGUCAAAGAAAGUUGAGUUGGGCAAAUGGACAAAAGCUAGUAAAAAGGAAUAUCCUGCACGUCAUAUGUUUGUAGGAAGAUCAUGGCUUAAAUGCCUGAGAGAUUUGGGCUGUAAAGUUUCCAUGGCAGUUCAUGUAGUGUAUGUAUUGACAUGUGGAAAUCAUCUUAAUUUUAUUUCUACAACUAAUGAAUCAUUUCCCUCUUUCUUUAACCGAGUUUUGCUACACUUCAAUGAGAAGAUUGGAGUCUUGAGUGAAAAGUCUGUUUUCCAAGGAUACUGAAAAAAUUUCUUAGUUGGAAAGAUUUUUUCAGUCAAUAUUAUCAAAUUCCUUUAUUUUAUUUAGAUGGAUAUUUUCAGUAAGAUGUCAAAUAAGAUUUUAUUUCUGGGUAAUUUUGGCUUCACAACUUUAAACCCUAGAGCAAUUGUAUACAAUUAAGAGAUUUCUGACAUUUAGUCUUAAAAGUAGAUUAACUAGAAUGUAGACAUUUUUACUUCUGUAGAGUUUUGAAUUUCUCCAGAAUUGCAUGUAGAUAGCUUUUUAUUUCUGUGCACUUAAAAAUCCCACUUAGGAAAUAAUCUACAAAGUAAAAAUGAGAGGAAAUAGAAAUUAUUUUUUCAUGAACAUUUUGAUAUAAAUUUCAUCAAGCUAAUUGAUUCACCAAUUUCUUACACUGGUUAUAAUCAAUGUUUAAUUCAAAGAGAAGGAAGCAUUCAUUUUAUUUAUAGGCUUUUAAAAGUUCCUCCUUCACAAAUUAUCAGUGUUGGGGCAACUAAAUUAUAUUUUGGUCAUGGACAAAAAAUUCAACUUCUAAGCCAUAAUGUUGAACAGAAUUGGAAUAUUUUCUUUAGAAUUUCAUGAAUAGGCAAAUGAAAGCUUAUUAGAAUGCUUGUAUUUUCUUUUCUCUCUCUGGAACACCAGCAUCACCAGUAUAUUGCUGGCAGCUAUUAUAUUAAAAAUAAAGUAUAUUUUCACUAUCA